CACCCACACACCCAACAUGUCAGAAAGCCCCAGCCAAAAGGAAGCUGCUGUGGAAGGACACAAAGCCCCUGAUGGUCCCACGGAGGAACCUCCUUGUGCUGAGCUAAAAGCUGCUGCAGAAAAAUGUGUUAAAGAAAAUGGGGAAGAGGCUUGCAAGGAGCUGCUGGAAGCAUAUCACUCGUGUCUGCGGGCACUGGGCAUCAGCCACCAAGAUGUAGCAAACCGCUCCAUGCUGCCAAGCCGCUAAGGGUCUUGCCCUGCCAAAGCUCCCGGCUUCCCACCACACCCCCUAUGGCUCUCGAGGAGUGACAGUCCACGCGGAGGUGUACCCCGGAGCUGGAUGCAACACACCGUGGGGGUCCCGGUGCAAGGGUUGGUUCCCCAGUGCAAUAAAGCCCUUGCGUUUUACUUAGGCUGGGCCUGCGUCAAUUACUGAGUGGUUGCACCCUCAAUCACGGUGCCUCCAAUCUCUCCCCCCCCCCCCAAUAUUGUUCCUGCUCCAGGACUAGGUCUGCCAGCUCUGGGCUGGGAAAUACUUGGAGCUUUGGGGGUGGACUCUGGGGAGGGUGGGGUUUGGGGAGGGGGCGGGAGCUCAACAGAGUAUAAUGCCAGGCAUAGGUUCCACCCUUGAAAGCAGCCAUUUUCUCCAGAACUGAUCUCUGCCACCUGGCCAUUCGUUGUAAUUCUGAGAGAUC